AUGGAACUUCCGUUCCUAUACCAGACCCGGACCAUCCUCCGUCUGAAACCGCGGCAUUCCAUGGGACUGCCGUCUGCCAGGCGACGACAUCAAUCUACCAACCAAGCUGCAACCCAACCACGCGCCGAAUUGGACGAAACGUCCUUCUUCCGCAAAAAGGCCGCCGAAGUCGCUGCAAAAAGCGAGAGGCGCGACCCCAGCUCUAUCACGCUGUUUGAACAAAAGGCGUUCGAAAAUCUACGCCGACUCGCAGGCCAGAAGGAACUGAAUGCUCGGCUUGGCAUCUCCCCUGAACCCGACCGCCUCGAUGUGAAUCCGGACAACAUCCUCGCUCUUUUCACGCCACAGCGCCAUCCCAGGGCCCCAUCCGCCGACACCGACGCCGACGCAUCCGAGACGUCUUCAGAUGCCCCUGAGCAGGCCGCCCGCACAGCCGAAGCCGAGCGCAUUAUCCGCGAGAUCUGCCACACCGAGCUCCGCACCCUCGCAAGCACCUUCCGUGAAGCGCUCCGCUCCGACACACAACCCGGCGACGCUGCACUCUGGGCCGUGCUAGAGACCAGCGUCUUCCCCCUCCUGGGACUACUCAAGCAGUAUGCGCCCCUACGCCAGGCCCGCCCCACCAACGCACCCAGGACCCACGCCGCGGUUAAAGCGGCCAACGCUGCUCUGGAGGCCGAGCGUGCGGCAGCAGCCAAGGUCCUCCCACUCUCCAAUUAUGUCGAGAGGCUCGCGAGUGACAAGGCCAAUCCGCCGUCGGUGCCGCCGCUGCAGGUCCUGUCGCGGUACUAUCCGGCCGCGCUGCUGCUCGCGCUGAGGCUGUUGACGAAGCACCACCCCCUAAGUCUGCAGACGCAUCGGCUGCUCCCACAUCUCCGCUCGCUGGGACCGAGCUCCUACAUCCUGGGCGCCACGACGCCGUUCUACAACACGUACCUCUUCCUCCGCUGGUCGGCCUACUCAUCUCUCUCGGAAGUGUGCUCGGUGUUGGGAGAAAUGGAGCGUGGUGCAGUCGAGUUCGAUCGCGGGACGUACCGCUUCCUGACCGACCUCGUGGACGAGAGAGGAGCGGAUCUGACCGUCAUGCAAAUGCAAGACGAUGGGGGUGCCGUGUCGGACGCAGCCCGUGUCAGAGAACCCGCAUGGUGGCUGCUGCCGGAGCAGAUGAGGUGGUGGCCAAAAGUGGAGGAAUGGCGCGCUACCAUCGCCCGCGGCUUGGAGGAGAGGGGCAUGGGCGAGGUGCUGAGAGAAGGGCCAGGUGGGGUUGCGGAAGAGGACGAGGUCGCCCCCAAGGUGUGGCUGUAG